GAUCUCCACUCUUCUGUUAAAGCGCGUCACCGCCCUUAUUUCGUAGGGCAAAUUCCUAAUUACCAUACACUCUCUCUAGCUUUGAAUCUUUAAAUCAAACAGUCGCAUCUUCCCUUAUCUCCCUCUAUCGCUGCCGCCUCAAUGUCUCAGGUUGAUAACAGAAAUUCUUCAGCAGCCAAGCGUGCUAGAACUGAUGGUAGUCGUAGGGAAGAUGAUUGGACAUGCCCCAGUUGUGGGAAUGUCAAUUUUUCAUUUAGGACUACUUGCAAUAUGCGCAAUUGCACUCAACCCCGGCCAGCUGAUCAUAAUUCAAAAUCUGCAGCCAAGCCUGUGCAAGCCCCACAGAAUUACUCAUCCUCAGCUCCUUAUGUAGGUUCUGGUGCACCAUCUUCAAUGUAUCUGGGUGUGCCACCUUAUGGUUCUUCCCUCUUCAAUGGUUCCUCAAUUCCUCCAUAUGAUGUUUCUUUUUCUGGAGGAUCAGCUUAUCAUUACAAUUAUGGCAGUCGUCUUUCUGGUGGCAGUCCCUAUCGGCCGCUGCAUAUGUCUGGACCACCCCCUUAUUCUAGUGGAUCUAUGAUUGGAAAUGGUGGAAUAUAUGGCAUGCCUCCUUUGAUGGAUCGGUAUGGCUUGGGGUUGCCCAUGGGCCCUCCUCCAAUGGGACCAAGGCCAGGGUUUUUUCCAGAUGAUAAAUUGCAGAAAAAGGGUGCCGAUGCUACACGUGAUAAUGAUUGGACAUGCCCAAAGUGUGGGAAUAUUAACUUCUCUUUCAGAACUGUCUGUAACAUGCGGAAAUGCAACACACCAAAGCCUGGAUCUCAGGCUGCAAAAUCAGAUAAAAAUUCAAAACAAAAGAUGCCCGAGGGGAGCUGGAAGUGUGAAAAAUGUAGCAAUAUUAACUACCCAUUCAGGACUAAGUGCAACAGACAAAAUUGUGGGGCUGACAAACCAGCUGAGUCCAAAAAGUCCCCUUCACCAACAGCAAAUGAAAAUGAUCAGUAUUUCAUGUUGCAUAAGUUCCCAAAUGUUCGCAUGGAGCAUGGAGAAAAUGCAGGUUUGAAAUUAAGUUGAAGCUGCCUAUUUAAAAGCCUGUUUUGAUGUGUUAUCAACAUUUCUGGUAGCCAUGUAAUUUUUGGUCUAAAUGACUGAAUUGUCGACAGGUCAUAAUGUUCAUUGAGUUUGUUGGCUGAGGGAAUUCUGGUUUUGUCCGAGUACUCCCCUAGGAUAGUUUUUAGUGUGUUGGCUAACCGGUUUCAUAUUUUGUUUUUCUUUUUCCUUUUUGGCUAACACCAUGGACUUGAUUUAAAUAACCAUGACCUUAUACUCAAGUGAAUUGGUAAGGGCAAUGAACAGUAGUACUAUGUAUAUUUUAGAUCAUGAAUAGCAGCAGCGUUAUAGGUUUUCGUUUUGAAGAAUAAUGUUUCAGCCAACAUGGGCGUAUCAUGCAAACGCACUUUGAAUUUAUGCAUUCCAAUAUGCUUGUGGUAACCCAACUAAUGAAAGCGUUUCUCUGUGGUCUAACAUAGUGGCUUUUAAUCAGCUGCUCUGGUGCCUCUGCUUUACCCACUGAACUCAAAUUUCCAACACUUGCAUUGACAUUGUAAAUGAGAACUGUGAGUGUUAGCUACGCAGCAUUCCAUGGUCUGGCAUAUAGCCUUUUAGUCAUCUGACUGUAUCAACUGAAAUCUAAUUACAAGCGCCAACGAUGUGAUCUAUU